AGUUUUAAAUAAAGCACUUUUGCCUCGUUGUGGGCAGAUAACUACGUGAUGGAAAGAUAAAUCAUGCGAUGAUUUAUUGUAUUCGUCUUGAGUGGUAAUCGAUUUAAAGUAGUGCACGGCUCGCUUAUACCUUGAAAAGUCCCCAAGACUUUCUCCAUCGUCAACCUUACAUUUAGUAGAAUAAAGAGGCGCCGAUGACUGGCCGAAGGGUACUUGUAAUUGCGGGCUCUGACAGCUCUGGGGGAGCUGGCUUAGAGGCCGAUCAAAAGGUCAUUGCCGCUCAUGGCUGUUACGCAAUGACCGCAACCACGGCCUUGACCGCACAGAAUACGCAAGGCGUUUUUGAUAUACACAAAAUCCCUGUCGACUUUCUGAAAAAGACCAUUGACCUAAACAUUGAUGAUAUUGGUGUCGAUGUCGUCAAGACUGGAAUGCUCGCUUCAGCAGAAGCAAUUGACGUGGUGGCCGAUGCAUUUAAACGGCACAAUAUUCAGCUGUCUGUUAUUGACCCGGUUAUGGUUUCCACCAGUGGCUCUCAAUUACUCCCCCAGACCGCUGUCCAAGGGUUGAGAGAGAAAUUGCUACCAAUGACUACUAUUCUUACUCCUAACGUCCCCGAGGCAAAGUUGCUUCUGAAGGAUGCAGGCAAAGAUUUCAAGGAGCUUCAAACUCUGGAUGACGUUAUCGAGCUAGCAAAAGCCGUCCAGUCACUGGGGCCAAAGUAUGUCCUACUCAAGGGUGGUCAUCUUCCUUUGACCAAAGGCAGACUUGUGUCAAGCAGUGAGGCUGAAAAGCAUACUGUGGUUGACAUAUUGUUCGGCGAAGGCCAGACAACGAUUAUCGAGUCAGCCUAUCAAGACGCAAAGAACACCCACGGAACUGGCUGCUCAUUAGCAUCCGCAAUCGCGUCCAACCUGGCCCUCGGAAAACCUGUCAUUCAGGCAGUGAGAUCGAGCUGUCAGUACGUAGAAGCAGGAAUCAGGACCAGCAUAAACAGAGGCAAGGGCAGCGGCCCAAUUAACCAUUUCCACUCAACCUAUACGCUUCCUUUUGCACCUGGACAUUUCGUGGAGUAUCUGCUUGAUAGGGCCGACGUCAAGAGAGCAUGGAAAGCGCAUACUGAACACGAAUUCGUUCAACGUAUGGCCGAUGGUACUCUCCCACUCGAGUCUUUCAAGUACUAUCUUAUUCAGGAUUAUCUCUACUUGAUACAAUUCUCCAGAGCAAACGCUCUUGCCUCAUAUAAAGCGAAGACCAUAGAAGAUAUCAAUAUGUCUGCACAAAUUGUUCAACAUAUUCAUGAAGAAAUGCAACUGCACAUUGACUAUUGCAAGGAAUUUGGAAUCUCUAAAGAAGAGAUUGAGCAACAUGAAGAGAGCCAAGCUUGCACUGCUUAUACAAGAUACGUUUUGGACGUUGGUCAAUCAGAAGAUUGGCUUGCCCUCCAAAUCUCUCUCGCGCCUUGUCUAAUAGGCUAUGGAGUGAUUGCACAGCGACUUUUCGAGGACCCAAAAACGCUUCGUGACGGCAAUAUUUACUGGAAAUGGAUCCUCAACUACGCAGCCGAUGACUUUCAAGAAGCUGUGAAGAUAGGAUCGGAACUCCUGGAGAAGCAUGCGAUGCUUCAAUCACCCGCUCGCAUUGAAGAGCUCGUCAAAAUAUUUAUUCACGCAACAAAUAUGGAAACCGGCUUCUGGAGUAUGCAGCCUACUCAAGUAUAAUUACGAUCUGGGAUCCAAGGAGAACUAUAGACGGGAACUUCGUGUACUAUGCUUUGACGAUGCUACGAAUAGACUAUUCAAGACUCAUUUACUGGGAAGAAUAUCACCUACAUUUGUGCAUGGGGUAUUGAUGGCAUGAAGGGAAGAAGCAAAUUCACAAAAUGAAUUUCGUUUCAGCCUACUUCUUCACAAGCACUACAGCUAAAGCUAAUGCGACCCAGCAUUUGAUUGUACAUUUGACUAAACUAUCCUCGGCGGUGCUUUUGCAGUCAUAAAAUACAAGAACACCCGUAUCACGGCAAUAAAGUAUGCAAUAAAAGGAUACAAGAGCCAC